AUGGCCUCUCGGAUCGCUUCCCGCAGCGCGCAGGCUGCGACUCGCCGCGUUCUCUCCGCUUCGGUGCCGCGCCAGGCCGUGAUGCCCGCUUCGAUGAUGACAAGCACUCCUACUCGCUUCUACUCUGACAAGCCGACGCCUGAGGCCAAGGCUACGUCCAUCAUUGACUCGCUCCCAGGCAACAGCCUCAUCUCAAAGACGACGUGGGUGACGCUCGGUGCCGGUCUCACUGCCUUUGGCGUAUCGAAUGAGCUCUACGUUGCCAACGAUGAGACCGUGAUCCUUGCUGGCUUCCUGAUUUUCGCCACGCUUCUUGGACGUAGCGUGGCCAAGCCCUACACCAACUGGGCUGACUCGACGAUCGCCAAGAUUUCCGGCAUCCUGAACGAAGCUCGUUCGGGUCACACACAGGCUAUCCAGACUCGUAUUGACUCGGUUAACGAGAAGAAAGACGUUGUCGAUGUGACCAAGGGUCUCUACGAUCUUGCCAAGGAGACCGUGCAGGCCGAGAAGGAGGCCUUUGAGUUGAAGCAAAAGACACAGCUUGCCGCCGAGGUGAAGCAGGUGCUAGACAGCUGGGUGCGCUACGAGGCCCAGGAGCGUGACGCUGAGCAGCGUCUCCUGACUGAAACCGUUAUUGAGAAGGUUACACAGACGCUGCGCGACGACAAGACUCAAAAGCAGAUCCUCGACGGUGCUGUGGCUGAGAUUGAACAGCUUGUGAAGAGCAAGAAGAUCUAA